UCACGACACAAAGAUGGGCCUUCCAUAUUCAGACAAAACGAACACUUGGUAGGGGAAUUUAGACAGGCGAUCGAGCACAGACUCUGCACUGACAUGUGGUUCAACUGCUUCUUCCUCUCCUAGCUCAAUCUGAUUGACAGCAACACUAGAGCUGUUCAAGCCAUGAUCGAGAAGCGAUGAUUCGACUGAGCCAGCACCCCCAGGAGUGUCAUCGAUGUCUAGCAUCGCCCAAUAUUGUUGAAGUUUUUUAUUCAUUUCUUUGAUGUCGUUAGUGGCCUCAUCGGUUGGCAAUGUUGACAGCAAGAGCUUUCGGAAGGUACUUUUCUCAUUAAUUUCGCAGUUCAAGCGUGCAUUCUCGGCUUCAAGCGCAUUUAUCUGGAAUGGUAUCGAGGCAUUUCAAAGGAAGAUAGAUAACAGAGCAGGCAAUGAAGAUGGUAAGUAG